GCAUGAGUGUGUGUGGCUGAAGCUAAAGUUAGCUUAGCUUUCACUGUGUCCGCCUGCUAGUCCGACCAUGUGUCCGCACUGAGAAAAAGUUGAUUCAUCAUCCUAUUAAUAGGAGCAGCACCGACAUGGGCCCGAGAAAAAGGUCACAGCGAGGUCUGCAGGAUUUGGUGGUUAAACAGGCGAGGAUUGAACAGUCUGGCUGGACUGGGGUGAAUGAGCGAACCUUCAUAGCUGUGAAACCAGAUGGCGUUCAGCGGAGGCUCGUGGGAGAAGUCGUGCGUCGCUUUGAGAAGAAGGGCUUCAAACUGGUGGGCCUCAAGCUCGUGCAGGCAUCUGAGGAUCUUCUCCGGGAACACUACUGGGACUUGAGGAGCAAACCUUUCUUCAGCGGACUGAUCACCUACAUGAGCUCUGGACCGGUGGUUGCCAUGGUGUGGCAGGGUUUGGACGUGGUCAAGACGGCACGUAAGAUGCUGGGAGAGACCAAUCCUGCAGAUUCGCUGCCAGGAACCAUCCGAGGAGAUUAUUGUGUGGAAGUGGGCAGGAACGUGAUCCACGGCAGCGACUCGGUGUCGAGCGCCCAGAAGGAAAUCUCUCUGUGGUUUCGUCAGAAUGAGCUUCAGUGCUGGGAGCACAGCUGCAACAGCUGGAUCUACCAGUGAAGGUGUGUGUGUGCGCUGCAUCGACACCAGUGUUGUUACAAGAUGGAUCACUUCAUACCUCAGAUGCAGAUAUUUUUGUGGGCUUUAAUAGUUUGUAGACGCACAGAGGAAAAAAAAAAGGGUCAUUCUGCCUUGCUGGUUUUUUUGUUUCAUGUUUUAUUAUUUGCUUCUCCAAAGUAAGGUCAGACAACUUUACCAAGCAAAAGUGCACUAAGGUGAGCAAUAACCUGAUCUGAAACUUGACAAUGCCUGCUUCUGUGUUUAUUGUAGUUCCUGUUAAGUCCAGAACACGACAUCGUGUUGCAGUUUUUAAGCAAGAAGAUCAAAUUGAAGCAAUUCAUUUUUGUGGCGUCGUUAUGUUUAUGAGAUAAUGUGUUAGGGAGAUGGCUUCAUUCAAAUCUACCCUUUAUUUCUAUUUAAAGGUACAGUCCGUUUUUAUAUCCUUGUCUGUAUGCUGACGGCGUGGAAAGUUUGCACAAAAAUUGCACAAAACUUCUCAGAUUGUAUUGUGACCAGUUCACCCGAAAUCUGUCCAGCAUUUUUUUUUUAAAUCCUCUUUUGGCACUUAAAAUUAUGAAUUAAAUUAAGAGGCUUAUUUUUCAUGUCCAUGUUCUUCUGUAUCAGCCAUUGCAGUAAAAAAUGGAUGCAAUUAACUGACAAAAAUGCUGCCUUUUCCUGUACCUUCAAGUUAAAGGAAUGUAAAAGCAGAUUGCAUCGCUUUGAACUACUUGAAUGUACAGUUUCCAGCAUACAGCUCUAAAAAUAGUUUUGUAAUUUCAUGCAACGUUCAUAUCGGGCUCAGUCAGCAAAUUAAAAUGAAACUGAAUGAA